AUGGAAGGCAUUUAUCCCACCCAGGGGGGCGUUUAUGGAGGUCCGCGCUACGGAGCGCCGCACGGCGCUGUUCCAAGUGCGGAACAACAGCCUAUGUACGCUGGAGACGCGGCUGUUGGACCAAGUCCUGUGCAAUCGAGUUCGGGGCCUGGCUGGACUGGUGCUGCCGGUCCGGUAACCAGCGCUACCAGUGGCUCGCCACUACGAGGCGCUGCUGCCGCUGCCGUCCAAAACCUGUCGACGCACUUCGGUCGCUCGGGGCGAAUCGGGAAAGGUAGCAUUUCCAUGAUUACUCGCGUGCUCUUGGUUGCUACGUUUUUGGAGGACGCUUUGCGGGUGCUUUCAGAUCUUGGUGGCCAAGCGCGCUUUCUGCGGCACUUUUACGGGGUCCCCGUUUGGGCCGGCACCCUCUUCCUACUGGGUAUGGUGUGCCUCUCGGUGUCGGCGUCGCUGGCCAUUAUCGCAGCAGGGCGGGCACGCACCACUGGGAAAGCUUUCCAGCGCGAUCGGGCCUUGCUCUCACUGCAGGAGCGAGCGUCAUACGUGCUCAUCGUCCAUAUCCUCGUGCAACAGGCAUUGUACGGCAGGGACGCUCCGGCAACUGGGGGCAACGUGUCGUUUCUGGUUCGGAAUAUUUGCCUGGCUGGCUCGUUCCUCAUGGUUGCGGCGAAUGCACGUAUUAAAAAAGGCCUCAGCGCACUUCCCGGUGGACUUCUGGGCGGAUUCAGCCGCCCAGCUAGCAGUGGUACCGCUUCAGGAUCCGCCUUGCUGAGCUCCCAGAAAGUUUUCGAAUACAUGCAACUGACUGCACGCAUCAUGCUGGUGCUGUUACCCAUCGAUUUUCUAUCGUCCUUGGGAUUUUUAGGAACGCUGCUUGCAGUACCGGUCAUGGUUGCGGUUUUGGCUGGGUACCGGACACGCAUCAGCGGGUCCAUUCUGAUUGCGUUUUAUGCGGCACACAAUCUGCUGAUGUCGGCUUUCUGGAAGGUCAAUGAUCGUUCACCUUUUGGUCAGUAUGCGCGAGAUGUCAAACAGUAUGAAUUCGUACAGACGAUCAGCAUCAUGGCGGGGGUGCUCAUGCUCGUCUUCGAAGGGCCUGGUGCGCUCUCUUUCGACCAGCAACAGCGGGAGAUUUGA